AUGAACGUCGAACAACAAAACCGAUUAAUUUAUGCUUUACUAUUGUUGGCAGAUUUCUCGAGUUUGAUAGGAUGUGCAGUUGUAUUGUUGGGAUUUUGGAAGUUAAAGUUGCUUCGAAAUCACAUCACAAAGAUCAUUUCUUGUUUUUGUGCAACAUCAUUUCUCAAAGAUAUCAUUGCCACUUCUCUCACUCUAGAAGGAACAGCCUUUAAAACUAAAAAAUGGGCUUGUUAUCUUUAUGCUGCUUCCAUUAAUUUUGGUUCAUUCAGUUGUUGGAUGUGGACACUAUGUCUUGCUCUAAGUAUUUAUUUAUUAAUUUCUCGAGUACAAAUCAAUCAAAGAAAAUUUGAAAUAAUUUAUAUGGUUGUAUCUUGGGGUUUACCAGCUAUCAGUACAAUUAUAAUGUUAUCAACAAAUAUAGUAUCAAAUGUUGGUAGUUGGUGUUGGAUUGGAACUAAAUUUGUUUAUUUCAGAUUUGGAUUAUUUUAUAUUCCAUUUUUUGUGAUUUUUGGUGCUGCUGCCAUUUUGGUUGGAUUGACAUCGCAUUACACCUAUGUUGUGAUGCACAACUCCAAGUUUGUCCGAAACGAAAACCAUCAUGCCGUCUACCAAUUCAAAUUGGUGAACUAUAUCAUUGUAUUUUUAAUUUGCUGGGUGUUUGCCGUCGUCAAUCGUAUUCUCAAUGCUGUCAACCUUAAUAUCUAUGCCACCAACGUUUUACACACCUAUCUAUCGGUAUCACACGGCUUUUACGCAUCACUUGUAUUUAUUUAUAAUAAUCCCAUCAUGUGGCGAUUCUUUUGCUCCAAGGUGUUGGCUGUAUGUGUAUUCUUUGGAUUUGGCCAUAAACUAUACGAUCACUAUCGAAAGAAUAUAGAUCACAACAAUGAUACAUCGAAUGGAAGCAAGACGGGGCAAGGAAGAAAGAUCACUCUUGCCAAUCGAAGAGAAAAGAAAAAGAGUUCGUCCUCUUCGUCGUCGUCAGACGGCUCUGGAUCUCCUCCAUUGGAUUCCCAAUCACCACAGAGCGACAUUACAUGUGUCACCAAUACAUUGAGUUCAGCGUGCGAUGGAGAAAGUCAUUCUUUGGAAAUGUCUGGAAUUCAUUUAAAUGAUCAAUCAUCCACCGAUAACCAAAAUAAUAAUAAUCUAAAUAAUCUUUCAACUUCCGAUAUUUCAACCCAAGAUGAACAAACUAUUCCAAGUACAUCUGUAUAA